AUGAGAGAAGUACGAGGAGGCAUACGCUGCUUGUCGGAAGUAGAAGACGCGGAAAAUGACGAGAUUGACGAGAUUGAAGAUUACUAUGUACUGGAUGAGCCGCAGGUAAUCUUGUCUAGCGACGAAGAGGACCCCGAUACCAGCGACUCUGACGCUAGCAACGAAGAUAUGUUUGAUGACAGUGAUGAAGAGGAUCCCGCCGAUACAGGCGAUGAGGAACUGGACGUCAGCGACAAGGGCAAGUGA